CAGGCACAACGCACAGCUCCAAAUCGAUCGAUUAGACACUACACGAUGGGCCACAACAACUCAUUCGUGCAUAUCUGACAGCAGGGCACAACGGUAGCAGCGGUUCAGGCUCUGACAGCGCGCACCAACACUGCCUAGCAGAGAUGGCCCAAAGACCAACAAAUCGUCCGGCGUGGAUGUCCGAGGAAGCCUACGCCGAGGCAAUCAAGCGAGUAGAGAGGCCGCCAGCGCCGGAGCCCGAGACCACGGAGACCGCGCUGCCGCCCGUCAGCACGGCGGCCGCGACGCGCGUCGUUUACAUCGAGCGAUUUGUGGAUCCGCCGAACCCGUACUUGCCGGCGGAGGAGCGCAAUGAAUUAGAUGUGGCCUAUCGGGAACUGGGCGCGCGCUUCGGCUUCGCGCGGCGCGUGGCCGUGUCGCCGGCGGGCGACGUCGUCUGCGCGUUCGCGGAGCUGGAGGCGGCGGAGCGCUGCGUGCGGGCGCUCCACGGCCGCCGCGUGAAGGGCCGGCAGCUCUGUGCCGACUUUCUGCGCGAAGAUGAGGAAGACGGCCCGCUCCUCGACGAUCAUGGAGUGCCGACGGCGCCGCCGCGGAAGCCGACGACGGUGCGCGUCGGCAAUGCGUGGGGCGUGGGCGCGGGAGAUGAGUUCGUGCGCCGCGCGGCGGACGCGAUCGCCGUCGAGUGCUCGCGCUUCGGGCCCCUGCGGCGCGCCGUGGGCGAGGCCGAGGCCUGCGAGGUCUUGGUGCAAUUCUCGUCUUCACUGAGUGCCGGCGAGUGCGCGCGGGAGCUGAGCGGGCUAUCCUUCGACGGGCGUCCCUUGACCUGCGUCCUCGACGACGACGACGUCGCUGCGGCGCCCGAGCCAACGGAGCUCAAAUUCUGGCAACACGAUCCCAAUCGAAAGCCAAAGUCCCACCGCGACCGGCCGCCGACGCCCGUCCCCGAGCGGUCCCGGUCCCGGUCCCGGUCGCGGUCGCCGCCGCAGGGACUCGUCGCUGACUACUCGUCGGACGACGACUGA